UCACACCAAGUCAUAUUUGUAGACUUUAUAUGAUAAUUUGCGGGCGAUGUUUAACAAAUCUCAUAUUUAUACUACUAGAAAAUUUACCAUUCUUUUAUCUUAUAGCUGUACAGGGACUGUUAUUUUCUAUACGUCAAUACUUGGCCUUUCUUUUUUGCGCACUUCUUAUUCUUAGAGGAGAAAUUGAAAAGACAGAAAGUUAAAAAAGGAGUACUCAUACUCUAAAAUGAGGACGAUGGUGUGGUGUAAUCAGAGGAACUUUGGAAAACGCGCAAUCCUUUCCUAUUCCCACUCACCUCUUUCCUCAUUUUCUACAGUACAGUAUUUACCUUCUAAAAACAAAACAAAAACUUAACGUUUCAUCUUCUUUUCUCAAUCUCAAUUCUAAUAAUUUCCAAAUAUGAUCAUCGAACAAUUGUCAGACGCUCAACAAUCUUCUUCGGAGAGGACUUUCUGGGGGAUCAAGGUUUUGCCGAAAAAACCUGUCACCGUGAGGUUGCCGAAUAACUCGUUCAAUUGUCUUCACAUUUCUCAGGCUACGGCAGAAUGUUCGAAUUCGGAAAAUAUGUACAACAAAAAUCGAACCUUGGUCUCCGUAAAAUGUGACGGUAAAAAUAAAAUUUUAAUUUGCUCCUUGGGAGUAAAGCGCACUAUUAUGGCGACCUUGGGAUUGGAAUUUUCCGGACCUUGUGACAUGGUCUUCUCCCUUAGAGGUCGAAGGGGAGUUCAUCUAGUUGGACAUUUCUAUAACCGUAUCACUUCACCAACUAAUUUUGUUGCCCCUCCAAUCAUGGAUAAUGGAGGAGGAGGAGGCAGAAGUAUCAAGACUCAUGGUCAUGGUAUUGCUGAUUUUGUGGGUGAAGCGGUCAAGGAAAAAGGUGGUACAAGUGUAAGAUUCAAAUUUCUGCUCCCGGGUUUAAUUGAAUCAUUUAAGCAAAUACCGGUUAGUCUUGAAGAGAAACUAGAAGCUCAAACUGCUACUAUUAUUGAUGCAAUUGAAAAUAAGCUAGGGAAUCAAGAUGUUGUGCUAGAAGAGAAACAACAAGGUGAGAAAGAAAGAACAAAAAAGGGGGAGAACAAGUGUCUGCCUAUUGCUCCUGAAAUUGAUCAUGGAGACAAUCAUGAAGGUUCUAAAAAAAGAAAACGGAGAAAAUCAAACAAGCUGCUGCCAAUCACUAAUGAAAUUGAAUGCGAAAACAAUGAAAGAAGUUCUGUAAGAAGAAAGCUUGAUUAUGUGUUGCCGGUAAAAGAAGUCCAGCCAGCUGAUAGGAAUGUAAAGGAGAGUGAAAAAAAUGAAAGAAGAAAAGGGAGAAAAAGCAACUGCCAGAAGUUGAUGGUGCUGAAGGAGAUAUCGCUGAAGGGUCUUUAGCUGGAAGUGCUGGAACUAUUGUUUAUGCUUUACCCGAACUUGGCAAGCGUUAGGUGCUUGUGCUAUUUUGGGUGAAUGGAAUUUAACUUUUUCAAGAAUGCAUCAUUUUACCGAUUGCACUUGCUGUAAAUUAUCCAAGGAAACAUUGUAUUGUAGGUUACUAAGGUUGAUUGCCUCAUUUUGUUGACUGCAUUCGCUUUUGAAAACUAGGUGGAGAAAUUGUUUGAACUUGAUGCCUUGCUAGUUUGUUUUGUUUUGGUCUCUACUUGAAAAACAAAAGUAUCAAACAAGUGUUCUUUCUUUUAGUUAUUAUUAUUAAUUUGCUUGUUA